AUGGCACUUUCAGACAGGGAGCUUUCAGCAUCAGACUUAACAGCUACACAAAGCAAUUGGAUUCAAUAUUCUAAACAGCACUGUAAUAAUCUCCCUCCAGGAUCAAUUACUGGCUUUGAAUGGAAAGAUUACUGUUCUAAAGCUUUCAGACUUAUACAAGAGCUGGAAAAUAUUGACAAUGAUGACUACAUGGUGCUAGUUUGUAGUGACGAAACUAUAAGGAAGGUCACUUCAACAUUGAGACCUGGAAACAUGUUCCUUCUGUCCAAGGACAGCCGAUUUGCAAUAAAAACACUACGGAAAUCUGAAGUCAAGGUCCUCCUAGAAAUGCUUCCAGGCUACUAUAACCAUCUCAAAAAGUUCCGCAACACAUUAUUGAACAAGCUUUAUGGAGUUCAUGUCGUGAAGCCAGUUGGAGGUGUCAAGGUUUACUUUGUGGUUGUAGCAAACAUAUUCAAGUCAGAUUUGUUGAUGCAUCGGUGUUAUGACCUCAAAGGCUCAUUACAAGGUCGAAAAUUGGAAAAAAUGAGAUUCCGAGAGAAAACUCUUCAUAAGGAGUCGGAUUUUGAUUUUCUGUUUUACCUUGAACCACUCGUCCGACAUCGACUUUUGACGCAAAUCAAGCAUGAUUGUGCUUUUCUCGAGGCUGCAGGCGUCAUGGAUUACAGUCUGAUGCUUGGCUUACAUGUAAAGGGAUCAUCUCAAGGUUUCUCGGAUAGUGGAAGUAAAUUUUCUCCGGAAUCACGACGAGGUUCUGUUGACAGCAGAUGUUCCAACAGUGGCAUGAGAUUUUCCAAUGAAUCUUUGCUUCAAAGUGAUUUGUCCUUACAAAGAUCCUCUAUCUCUUCAUUUCGAGAUUCAAUUGACAGCAGGACUACAGACUGCAUCACGAACAUAGUCUCCACUGACUCUUUUCAAGAGAAUGUAGCAACGGAAUUGAGUUUUGGUGAUCAGUGGCUACGAAAUAACAGUCAUACUUCUAACUUCGGCGAAGAACUGUCUGCACGUGGAGUUCGCAUAUCAAGGAAUGGAACAGGAAAUGUAUUACCACGUCAAAAUUCCAGGUCGCGAGAGUGCCAUGAUGUUCUUUUGUAUUUUGGAAUAGUAGAUUUUUUUCAAAAUUACAAUAUGAUCAAGCGACUUGAGCAUGCUUACAAGUCACUACAGUUCGAUCGCAAGAUGAUUGCAGCCGUAAAUCCCAGAGCAUAUUCUUCUCGCUUUCAGGAUUUUAUCGGUGACAUAUUUAAAGCUGAUGAUUCUCUCCUCUGA